AUGCCUCACAGCCAGAAGAGUCAGCCCUGCAAGAAUGAGCAAGGCCUUCAGGCCCAAAGAGAGGCACAAGGCCUGGUGGGUGCACAAGUUGCUGCAGCUGAGAAGGUGAGCGCCACAGCCUCCUCCUCUACUCUGAUCCCAGGCACCCUGGAGGCGGUGUCUGCUGUUGGAACACCAGAUCCUCCCAAGAGUCCUCAGAAAACCUCCUUCUCCUCCACUACUAUGAAAGCCACUCCAUGGAGCCAGCCUGAAGAGGGUUCCAGCAGCCAGGAAAAGAAUGAUCCAAGCACCUCACAGUUCCUGCCAUAUCCUGAGUCCUUGUUCGGUAACAUGCUACAGAAGAAGGUGGCUGAGUUAGUGAAGUUUCUGAGUGUCAAGUAUACAACAAAGGAGCCCGUAACAGAGGCAGAAAUGUUGAAGAAUGUCAUCAAAGAGUACGAAGACCACUUCCCUGUGAUCUUCAUGAAAGCCCGUGAAUGCAUGGAGGUGGUCUUUGGCAUUGAGGUGAAGAAAAUGGAUCCCAUCAGCCGCUCUUAUGUGCUCACCAAAAUGCUAGACCUCACCUAUGAUGGAAAGCUGAGUGAUGACCAGGGCAUGCCCAAGACCGGCCUCCUGAUUCUUAUCCUGGGCGUGAUCUUCAUGGAGGGCAACCGUGCCCCUGAGGAGAAGAUUUGGGAGGUGCUGAAUACGAUCGGGGUGUAUGCUGAGGGGAAGGAUUUCAUCUAUGGGGAGUGCAGGAAGGUCAUCACCAGAGAUCUGGUGCAGGAAAAAUACCUGGAGUACCGUCGAGUGCCCAACAGUGAUCCUCCAAGCUACGAAUUCCUGUGGGGCCCAAGGGCUCGUGCUGAAACCAGCAAGAAAAAAGUCCUGGAGUUUUUCUCCAAGGUCAGUGGGAGUGAGGCCACUGCCUUCACAUCCUUGUAUCAGGAAGCUUUGAGAGAUGAAGAAGAGAGAGCUCAGGCUAAAAUUGCCACCAAGGCCAAGUCCAGCAGCUUCUGCCCUGAGUAA